AUGCGCUCGACCACGACGGCAGAUCGUCGGCCGUCACCGUACUCCUCGAUGAUCAGUGCACCAGAAGCUGAGCCGCUAGAUGACCAGCUACUGUAUUUGAGCACCGGCGAAGGACAGCGGCAGCACAUAACGGGCACCCGGCGACAUCUGUAUUUUGGCGGAUUUUACGCAAAAUUUCGUCACUGGCUUAUUAUUUGCAUUAUUUUUGUGGUUGUUCAUGUUGUACACAACCUUACACCUCCUCCGCCUCCUUUAAAACUGUUGCAGGGAUGUGGCCCCGACCUGCUCCAUUCGAGAAGUUAUCGUUCAAUUCAAGUCGCUUGUCGCACCCAGCCAGCCAUCGUAAUCGCAGCAUUUGAAGGGAUACAGGACGCAAUGGCGCAAUGUGCCGAUCGCAUGCGUUUUCAACAAUGGGACUGUUCAAAUGUUGGCCAUAUUAUGCACGAUCCGCCAAUAUUAAAAUAUGGCUAUCGCGAGUCGGCGUUAAUUUGGGCCUUAUCAUCUGCUGGAGCUGCUUGGGGAGUGGCAACUGCUUGUGCACAGGGGUGGAUCGACGACUGUAGCUGCGCCCACGAUGGACAACCAGGAUGGGAAUAUGGCGGGUGCUCAUUCAGCGUACAGCAUGGUAUUACUGCGAGUCGAAAACUUCUCACUAAAACCCCCGUGGUUCGUACACCAUUGAGAAGUGUGGAAAAACAUAACUUGAAGGCUGGACGCCUAACGCUGAUUGCAUCCUGCAAAUGUCAUGGAGUUUCCGGCUCAUGUCAACAGAAGACGUGCUGGAAAAAGACUGCAACGCUUGACCAUAUCACGGAUUAUUUGGUGGAGAAGUAUGCUCGUGCACGGAUGUUGGUUGGAGACCAGAAAGCAAAAAACGCUGACUUAGUUUUCAUCGAGCUAUCACCGGAUCCAUGUCAACAGCAGACAACGUCGGGAAGAGUAUGUGCUUGGCGUAACGAGACGCAUACGCAAGGCGACUGUGCGAGGUUAUGCUGCGGGAAAGGAUUCAAGAUUACGCAUGAAGUAAUCCACUACAAAUGCGACUGUAAGAACGAAGCUAGAAGAUCCAUCGCUACAAGUCUCACGAAACACAACAGGGUCGCAGGAUUUACAAAGUCGACGAUGAAUGGAUCUAAAGCACCGGUUAAUACUGCUGAGAAGAAACAGGAUGCUGACAAGGAUUCCAAGAAGAAAGCUCGGGCUCGGAGGAAGAAAACUACACAAAAGGAACCGAAGGCUGCACCCAAAAACUCUUCCGCUCGCCAAGUAUCAGACGCCUCUGGAGACAGUUCUAGUGAAGAUUCGGAGGAGAUUAUUGUCUACGAGACCCCGGAAAAUCAAUCAUAUGAGCGUAAAGUUGUAAUCGGCCAUCUCAGUCGCGUCGGUUUCCGUGAGCCUUUCUGGCGCGAUAAAGUCGCUGCCUUCUUUGUCAUACUGUCAUAUUUGAUCACCUACGAUAUUGUGGCACAUUUCUUUCUUUUCACUCACGUUUUUGGAAUUAGUUGGACGUUUACUUAUGGAUUUUGUAUGCUUUUUAUCGGAUUUCCUAUGUGCUAUUUGGAAAUGGCGCUUGGACAAUACACUUCGACUGGCGUUUUCAUGGUUUUUGAUAGGAUAACUCCAGCAUUUGUGGGUGUCGGAAUCAGCGCACUUCUUAUCAAUUUCUUCGCAGCUUCAAUGGAUCAGGGGCUGUUUGUAAAUGCCCUGUCAAUAAUCCGUGAAACAGUACAGAUUCUAACCAGUGAAAUGCCGUGGCAUCACUGUCUAUCGACACACGGCAUGAAAUAUUGCCAUGUAUGGUCAAGAGAGUGCUCACGAUUGACGAAACAAAUUGCAAUACCGCAGUAUCCAAAAAGACUCAUUUAUAAAGGUGGUAAAGAAUUUGAGUUUGUUCUGAAGGGCGACACUUGCGUACGACCGCCGUUACGAAGUCUUUAUACCGGACUUAACGACAUCGCUCCGAAGACAGAACUAGACAAGUUCAAGACAGCUUCGAUGGUAAACUGGGCCAACUCUGAGGUUCAUGAUUUUGAUUCCUUCAAACAGUACACCUACUUAUCCCCUACUUCUAUUUUUUAUACAAUGCUAUUCAUUUUGAUAUGCAUCUUCAUUGUGUCAAGAAGUAGACGAGCAGUAGUAAUUUUCCUCAACGUCAGCUUAGUCUUAACUUUCUGUGUGCUCUCGUUCUUACUACACGGAAUGUUCGUAAUUUUCUCGCCUAAAUUUCCGUACGCGGUACCAACUACUGUGGGCUGGAUCGAAGCAAUAAAGGGGAUUGGUCCAUGGAUGUGUGCUAUAAGUUUGACAAUGAGAAGUUUAAAACUUGGUCAAGGAGGUAUGGUAUUUCUCGGGUCCCAGAAUGGGUUCCAUAACAACUUGAUAACAGAUUGUCUGCUAAUUACCAUCGCGAUGAUAUUUGUACCGUUUUUCUACUCAAUGUUUCAUAUUAUUGCUAUUGACUCAUAUGUGCUUGAAAUUCUGCAGGGCGAUCCAAACAAGAUGGACACUGCUGCGAGACUUCGAAAGCAAGGCACUUAUCAUAACCCGGCCACUAUAGCCACAAUCCUUCUCAACGCCAACCAUAUCUUCGGUGAAUACGAGCCUAUAGUGACGUUUUGGUAUAGCAUAAUCAUGAUCAGUACUGUGAUUUCCAGCAAGAUUGUUCGUUAUGAAAUCACAAUUGGCGCUUUUGUUGAGAACUAUGCAAUUUUUACGGACGAGAGCUCGAGAUUUGUACUUAUCGUUAUCGUAGUGCUCUUCACAACACUGCUAUCAUUUGCAUUUAAGUAUACGGAUGGAUAUAUACGUGCAGCUAGCAUUAACUUCACAGUAAUACCUAUCGCGAGCAGUGUCGUUGUCUUAUGCGAAUUGUUCGUUGUUGGAAUAUUUUACGGGUUUCGUGUGUUCUAUUCAAAUACAUCAUUAAUGAUUUUUGGAGCAGCGAAGACAGAAGCGAAAAAAUUGAAGUUGCUCGUUAACUCAAUGGCGUUGGUGUUAUGGACCGUUGUGAUACCUGUUGCAAUUCUUUUCAGCAUAGUCGCACUGAUCAUAUACGACGCACGGAGUGAUUUCACAGCGCUAGACAUAUACAACUGGAUUCUGCUCUCUGCGAUUUUACUACCAAUUCCUGCAAUGUGCAUCUACCUAAUGUAUUGUCAACAUAGUCAGGGAAACAGCAUUUAUCCUCUGUUUAAAAGAAACCCUGAUCUGUGGGGUCCGCGCACUCGAGCAAAUCGCAUAGAAGCCGAGCGAGCGGAAAGAAUGAUCCGGAAGUGGUGGUAG